CCUAAUUUGUAAUUACCACCAUUAUUAUAAUAACAACUCCUGCAUAAACCAAAAAUUAACAGCGCCACGAACUCCCAGAAAUUUGCAGUCACCACCGCAAAUCCCGCUGAACGGCGCAAGACUCCGCAGUAACGUGCGGCACAUCUGCUGUUGCCUGUUGCCUCUGUCCAAAGCCAUUCAAUCCCUACACUCACGCUACUUCAAAGGCUACACAUCUCUUUCAACCCCACCCAAAACCAGCUUCUGAUGUCGGAGCUGUCUAACGGAACCUGACAGUCUGUGUGCUCACUCUCUCCCCUCUUCUUUUCUCCUCCCUCUCCAUCUAUAAAGAUAUCUGCUUUCUUCUUCCUCUUCCCGUAAACUCCAAACCCUAAACCUUUUCGUGCUUCUCUAGCAAUGGCCUAUGAUGAUACCACCCCAGCAAAAGAAGUCGUCCUCACCGAGACGCUCGCGCCCCCGCCGUUGCAGGCUAAGGAUUCCGACCCAGAGCUCCAAAAAGAACCGCAGAAGCUCAUUCAGGAGACGCAUUCCGCUGAGAAAGAGAAGAAGAACCACUCGGGAGGAAUCCCACUUGCUUUAGCUUUCAAGGAAGAGAGCAACUUCUCGUCGGACCUCCCGGAGCUCGAGAAGAAAGUUCUCGAAGAGCUUAAGCAACUCCUCCAAUCCGCAAUCACAAACCGCGAGUUUUCUCCUUCGGAAUCGGUUCUUUCUGCGGUGACCGCAUUUGCAGAGGCGAAACCAGAGGAGUCCCCUGUUUCCGCCGAUGAUGAUGGUGCCAAGACUGUGAAGGCCAUAGCAGAGACUGUAGUUUCCGCAACAAUACCCCCACCAGCCGAGGAAGAGAAGAUACCGCUCAUAUGGGGGAUUCCGCUUCUCGGUGAUGAGAGGAGCAACACCAUCCUCCUUAAAUUCCUCCGUGCGAGGGACUUCAAAGCCAAGGAAGCCAUGACAAUGAUCAAAAACACUUUAACGUGGAGGAGGGAUUUUGGCAUAGAGGCACUCCUGGAGGAAGAUCUUGGCCUGUCGGAGAUCGAAAAGGUCGUCUUCAUGAGCGGUGUAGACCGCGAGGGACAUCCUGUUUGCUAUAAUGCUUAUGGCCAGUUCCAAAAUAAGGAGCUUUAUGCGAAAGCGUUCGCCGAUGAGAAGCAGAAGGGAUUUCUCCGGUGGAGGAUACAGUAUUUGGAGAAAGGUAUUCGUCAGCUUCUGAAUUUCAGGCCAGGUGGAAUCUCCACCAUGAUUCAGGUCACUGAUCUGAAGAACUCUCCAGGGCCGCUCAAGAGAGAUUUUCCCCAUGCUCUUGGUCUGCUGCUGGAUAACUAUCCCGAGUUCGUAGCAAAGCAGCUGUUUCUCCAUGUGCCGUGGUGGUAUCUUGCUGUCAAUAAGAUGAUAAGCCCGUUCCUGACACAGAGGACAAAGAGCAAGUUUGUGUUUGCUGGGCCAUCGAAGUCAGCUGAGGUCCUCUUCAGAUACGUAGCUCCCGAGCAAGUCCCACUGCAAUUCGGAGGCUUAUACAGAGAGAAUAACCCCGACUUCACCAUUUCAGAUGCUGUUACCGAAAUCAAUAUUAAGCCCUCUACCAAGGAGAUCUUAGAAGUUCCACUUGCAGAGCCAUGCCUUCUGAUUUGGGAGCUUCGAGUGUUGGGAUGGGAUGUCUCCUAUGGCGCAGAGUUUGUGCCUAAUUCAAAGGAGAGCUAUACUAUCAUCGUUCACAAGGCAAGGAAAAUGGCCGCCUCUGAUGAGCUCGUGGUGAAGAACAGCUUCAGGGUUGGCGAGCCCGGGAAAAUUCUGUUCACAGUUGAGAAUUCCAGCAACAAGAGAAAGAUGCUUCUCUACAGAUAUAACGUAAAAACCACAGAAUUCAGCUGAACAACUGUGCUCUUUUGGUGAAGCUUGGAUCUUCAUUAUUUCUUUUCUUUUGCUGUGGAUGUGAUAUGGUUGAACUUUUAGCUUGCUUUUUGUUUAUUUUUUGGAAGAUUUCUGCAAGUUUGUGCUUAUAUGUACAUGUAAAUGCUAUGCGGGAGUUUUGUCUGUUUGUUUUA